CCACGUGGACUGGAAAAUCCAGAGAAUAGAGGAGUGUGCGGUUAUUAAAGAUCAAACCCGGAAACGGAAAUGUUAAAGUUGGAGGCAGAGGACUUGCCACUGUAUUUUGAACUCAGCAAAGCAAGGGAGAGUCCGAGUGAGGAGUGUGCGGUGCGUGAGUGAUCCGGCGCGUGUCUUCGCCAAGGUUAGCUAAGGCUUCCUUUUGCGUCAGCCAGGUAAAGAUGUCUUCUGAGCAUUAUGCAAUGCUUCAUACUGGGCAAAAGAUGCCUCUUGUAGGACUGGGUACCUGGAAGAGUGAAGCUGGUCAGGUGAAAGAGGCAGUAAAGUAUGCCCUAGGUGUGGGCUAUCGCCACAUUGAUUGUGCUACAGCAUACAGUAAUGAAGCGGAGAUAGGCGAUGCUCUCCAGGAAAACAUAGGAGCGGACAAGCCUAUUAAGAGAGGAGAAGUGUUUGUGACAUCAAAGCUAUGGAACACAAAGCACCACCCAGAAGACGUGGAACCAGCUUUAAAGAAGUCUCUGCAAGAUCUGAAGCUGGAUUACCUGGACCUCUACCUCAUGCACUGGCCACAUGCCUUUGAACGGGGAGAUAAUCUGUUCCCCAAGAAUCCUGAUGGCACAAUGCGUUACGACUACAUUGACUACAAAGAAACUUGGAAGGCUAUGGAGAAGCUGGUGGCGAAAGGCCUGGUGAAAGCCAUUGGGUUAUCCAACUUCAAUAGCCAGCAGAUUGAUGAUAUCAUCAACAUAGCUUCUGUCAAGCCAGCUGUGCUACAGGUGGAAUGCCAUCCUUACCUGGCUCAGAAUGAGCUGAUAGCCCAUUGCCAUCAAAGAGGAUUAGUGGUAACUGCUUACAGCCCUCUUGGUUCACCUGACCGGAUGUGGAAGCACCCAGAUGAGCCAGUGCUGCUGGAAGAACCUGAGAUUAAAAAGCUGGCAGAAAAAUAUGGCAAAUCUCCUGCUCAGAUCCUCCUUGGAUGGCAAGUGAGCCGCAAAGUAGCAGUCAUUCCCAAGAGUGUUACCCCUGAAAGGAUACUUCAGAAUCUCCAGGUGUUCGACUUCAAUCUGACAGGAGAAGAGAUGUCCUAUAUUGGGAGACUGAAUAAGAACUGGCGAUACAUUGUGCCAAUGGUUACGGUUGGGGGCAAACUGGUAGCAAGAGAUGCCGGACAUCCCCUCUAUCCCUUCAAUGUGCCCUAUUAACUUUAACAUCUUAAAAGAAAGAAGACAAAACUUCAUUUAAAGUUCCUAUUGUCAUCAUUAGUUUAAAAAAAAUCCAAAUAAAGAUUCUUGGGUCUUUUCCCCCCUAUA